AUGUCUGAUGAGUCAAAAUGUCCUGUAAGUCCAGAAGCCAGACAAGCAUGGUUGGAUGCAAACGCAAACGCAACCGCAACCGCAACCACAACCACAACCACCCUAGACGCCCAUCGUGAAAUAUCCUCCAUCCCCCGUACUGACUCCCACUCAAACUGGAUCUACCCUUCCGAAAAACAAUUCUACGACGCCAUGGUCCGCAAAAAUUGGAACCCUUCUCCACAUGACAUGCAGACCGUCGUCCCCAUCCACAAUUCCGUCAACGAAAGAGUUUGGAAUUACAUUCGUAGAUGGGAAGCCCCCACGAACCAAUCCCUGACCCUCUCCACUUUCAAAGGAAAUUCCAAAAAAUUAACCCCCAGAGCUUGGAUGAGAUACCAUCUCAUGGGUCUAUCAAAACCCUUUGAUAGACAUGAUUGGACCAUAGAUAAUCACGGUGUCCAGUACGAUUAUGUAAUAGACUUCUACGCGGAACAAGAAGGCGUCGUGUUGGAUGUUAGACCCAAGUUGAACAGUUGGCAUGGCUGGGCACUUAGAUUGGCGCGUGCCAUGGGCUUUGGCCGAGCCGAAUAG